GGCUACAUACUUGAAGCAACAUGAGUGUCCAGCGUGUGGACGGCUUAAAAUGCACAUUGGACCCACAACACUCUGCAGUCUUCACUGCUGCUGCAUAAAAGCAAUGCCCUUUAUGAUCAAUUCAAUUCCUUUUUCUCGGAUUUCUCGACUCAAGCUCAACCUGAGAUUUUUCUUUUUUUGCCAUCCAAUUCUCUUUGCUUCUUUCGGACCAUGUCUAUUGACAUCUUUGGGUACAUCGCAGGGGGCUUGGGGAUCAUUGGCCUGAUAUACAGCGUACUGCAUUCACAGCUUCCAACGACGAAAUUGAAGAGUUUAGACGCCAUCAUUCAAGAGACGCAGGACCUUUUCCAUAAUGCCACUGAAGACGGCCUUUUCGUCAACCCUCGAUUUGUCACACAAGUGGAAGACGAACUAUUCUACUACCGCAACCAAACGGCGGAUCUUCGCACGCGGGCACUAUGUACAAAUUCUAUAUUUCAAGAAUAUAUUGAAAUGGCGCGAGGACUAUCACGCACCAUAUCUAUUGUACAUGCCAAUGUUGCAAAAUUACGAUCUUCCGUGUUGACCACUUCAGAAGAAGAAAGGAAAAGGUUGUAUGGAUCUGGUCGGCUGCGCAAUCGUAUGGCUACUCUGGCUCCCAACCAUUCUCUGGGCGGUACCACUGAAAAUUGUCAUCGCCCGAUUUCUGUAAAUGACGAUCAACGGACUCUCGUACAUAUACCUUGUGUAGCACAACAACAGGCACGUCGAAGUCGCUUUCGCUCUCGAUCAUGCCCCCCUGCGCAUGGGGAUCAUGCUUCCGUAGCGUUUCCCUCAGUUGUACUGAAUUUGCAAGAUGAUGUUCAACCCAGUCUGUCUGAGAUCCCCACACCAGUGUUUUAUGGCCCUCUACCGAACCACACUGGUUUUCUCUUAACCGCUUGGAACAAGCCGGCGUAAAUAGCAGAUUUGUCUAUUGUGAUCUGGUUUUCCGUGUUCUACACGUCCCUUCAUGUCCACACAUAUUUCUUCACACUUCACACUCCCCCCUUCAUUCAUCGCUUAUUUGUUAUAUUCCAGAGAGACCAGGGUCUCUUGAUUUGCUAUACUGAAGUUACGUUUCGGACGUUUCGGAAUAAGUCAUGUUUUCAUAUCCUUACAAGAGAAGGACUUUCGCAGUGUUUGGGCUGAAAAUGAUGUAUUUUUUCUAAUGUAAGCUUACUGCUUCCCUGGGAUUGCAUUACAUUAUCACGCUUUACAGCUCAGGACAGAGGAAUGUUAGUCAGUACAUUCGUACU